AUGGCGCGUCCUCGUGCCCAUUCGGGCGCCGAUGCCCCUAAAGAGCCCCAUGCGGUCUCUCUCAAAGUCUUGCGGCUAUCGCGUCCGUCCUUGACCUACCAGUAUCCCUUGCCGGCGGCGAAUACGAAGAUCUCAAGCAAAGCAUCACUAAGCUACCCCGCCGAUAACACGGAUGAUCACUUCAUCCUCACGCCUAAUUUGACCCUACCUCCUGCCUUCGGAUCUGCAUACGUCGGCGAGACAUUUGCAUGCACCCUUAGUGCAAACAACGAGUUGUCCGAAGAUGAGGCAUCACGUGUUGUCACAUCUGUCCGGAUUGUCGCAGAAAUGCAAACGCCCUCCCAGGUAUCGUCUUUGGAUCUUGAACCUGCGGAAGAUACGGCUUCGAAGGACGGGCUACAGAAGGGCCAAUCUUUGCAGAAAAUCGUACGGUUUGAUCUUAAGGAGGAAGGAAAUCACAUACUAGCGGUCAGUGUGAGCUAUACAGAGACGUCGAUAGGCACGGACGCGCAGGCAGCAAGCGGGAGAGUGCGGACAUUCCGCAAACUCUAUCAGUUCGUUGCUCAGCCCUGUCUGAGUGUACGCACCAAGGCCUCCGAAUUGGCGCCGCUCGAAGUCGAAAACAAGAGUUUGGGUCCAUACGGGAAGACACGCUUGCUCCGCUUCGCACUAGAGGCGCAGCUGGAGAAUGUGGGUGAUGGUCCCGUCGUGGUUAAGCAAACACGACUCAACCCCAAACCACCAUUCAAGUCGAUUUCCUUGAACUGGGAUCUAGAAGGAUCCGAUCAGUCAGAGUCCCAGCCACCGACACUACAUCCACGCGAUGUCCUGCAAGUUGCUUUUUUGGUUGAGCAAGAGGAAGGGCAGCAGGAAGGCCUCGAGGCCCUACAUAAGGACAUGCGACGCGAUGGACGGGCUGCCCUAGGCCAAUUGUCUAUCGAGUGGCGAGGUGCAAUGGGAGAUAAAGGAUUUCUGACCACGGGGAACCUCUUGACGCGACGACGGGCAUGA